CCCAGAUUCUCGAAAUUUGACUCCUCACCCCUCUCCCAUGGGCCUGGAGUUGUAUUAGCUGGGGAGAUCGAAUCGUUGCUCCCAAGAACCCAAGCCCCUCCUACUGGGUUGACGUGGUCCCGUAGCUCCGAUACAAACCUUUUCGCAAGACCCAAACCUCUUCGCGCACCCACAAACGCCGCCACGAUGGAUGCAUAAACUCCCUCUGAAGCAGCCUUUGCGCUCGCUUUGGAGCCAACCUCCUUCUUGACCUCCCUCCGCCUCUGUGAAACCCCAUGGACGGCGCCGUGUCCGUAUCGUCUCGCCGUCGAACGGACGUGCGGCCGUUCCGCUUCUUCGACCUCCCCGCCGAGCUGCGUCUAAAGAUUCUCGACCGCGUCCUCGUCUUGCCCCAGACGGUUGAUCUUGAACCUGAUAACUAUCGCUAUGUUGCACCGCGCCUCAGGCUGUUCCUCGUGAGCCACCGCAUGCACGUAGAGGCGGCCGAGUGCUUUUUCGGCAGCAAUACCUUCCGUGUCUUCCCUAUCCAUGGCCGCUUCUUCCACACUAAAAAGCCACUCCUCGUCCGCCUCUCCCCACGCUACCGCGCCUUGAUAAAGACAAUAGAGCUGAGGCUUGGGCCUGGGUGGACAAAGCCACCCAAGUGCUGGGUUGUGGAUGCGCGGCUUGGGUUGGAGCAGAUGACGAAAGGGCGGCUGCUGAAAAUAUUCGCGGAGUGCGAUCCGGCGUCGGAUGAGAUAUUCGAGGGGUUCCGUGCCGGCCAGGACUUCUACACGUUCUUCUGCAAGGACCUCGUGCAGAAUGUGCUGGAGCAGAUUCCGUCGGUGGUGGAGGUCCAGUUUGAUGCUUACCCGUCCGUGACGAAGGGCUCUCCGUUGAUGCAGGCUUUGAUCAACGAGGGCAAAGCGAGGAAUAAGAGGAUCUCAUAUGGCCCGGCGCGUGGAUGGAACACGGACUUAAGCAAAGCUAUGGCAGCGUUGCGUUUUGCGAUACCUUGAUUGUUCAGAGAAUCUGUACAUACAUGUGCAUUUAAUCGAAAGAUUUAAUAAAUAUGGCCCCUCACAUUCCAAGAAAGCACUAUCUAAU